UCGAAAGUAAAGUUCACUGAUCAUAUCCAUCAUAACUUAAGCCAUAACUUUAGGAGUUUGAAUAUGCAACAUUAAAUGUCUAUGAGGACACACUUUGACUUUUGAACUCUUAUAUAUAGAUUGUUGAAACUAUGAUGAUGAAAAGAGAACCUUAUACAUGCAAAGUUGUUACAAAACCAUAUAAGGAGACAUCCUUGGUGUAAUAUUUGUUUCCAAGUCCAAAACAAGCCCCAGGAUGCAGAGGUUACAGAUUAGUUCUCGGCCAUCCGAAGAGUUUCUGAUCAACCUCUUGCCGGAUUCUUCAAUCCCCGACGGGCUCGUGGUCUAUGACGCUGCCAAGAAGGAUCUGAUGCUUCACAAUAAUAGUUACAAGUCUGUUAAUGGAGAGAGAGCUAUUCAUAUAAUCCCUCUUGUUCUUUUUUUAUGUGCUUUUGUUCUUUGGUCUUUUUCAAGUUACUAAUAAUCUCUAGUGACGUACGUAA